UGCCUAUUUUUGUUUAUUAAGAACCACAUGGUUAGGUGUUCAAGUAAAUUGGUUACUUCUUAAAUAUAACAAAUAAAUAUGGUGAAAAAGAAAAUACAAUUACAUGGAAGCAGUGGUAAAUGUAAAAGUUUGCCAAAAGCGACGACGCCAGUAGCAUCAACAUCCGCAGGCACUUCCACAGUAUUAGAUGGAGACCCAAACUCUGAACUAGCACAAAAAUUUGAGCUUGAGCUUUGCUGGUGCAUUCAACAGCUACAAACAAGUCUUAAAAAUGGAAAACUUAAUGCAAAACAAAUGGAGGAGCAGCAAAAAGUUCUUAACACCUUAAUGAGCACAAGUGCACCAAUCAUCAAGAAAAGACAAGUUAUGAGAAUGACAUUUGGUGAUUAUAGAGCUAAAAUGGAGGCUGAAAACAAAAAGUUUCAAACACAAUCAAAUGCCAACAGAAUAAAAGUAACAACUGCAACCCCAAGCAAAAAUUCAAUGUUUCUUAGAAAGUCAAUUUUUGCAAAGUCUGGAAAAGACUUUAAGUUUAAUUUUCCUACUCCAAAUAAUGAUGUUCCAGAUGUAUCAACCAUCUCAAUUAGUGAAGAACACAAGGAAAAUGGUAUAAUGGAUAAGAAUAAUAAAGAAAUAACUGGCAAUUUUAACUAUGUGCCUUCAAAUAACGAAUUUAAAUUUAACUUUGACAUUACUGAAUCUUAAGUUACAUGCUAUAAGUUAUUAAAUAACAUUUAUAUCAAUUAAAAUCUAAUUUCCUCUCUUUGUGUGCAGUAAGCAACUCCAAUAAAUAAUAACAAUAAUAGUAAUAA